AUGGGUGUUACUGGUCUUCUUCCUUGCUUGAAAGAGAUCCAGAAUCCAGGCACUCUUGAACAGUACCGAGGCAAGACUCUAGCCAUUGAUACCUAUGGCUGGCUCCAUCGAGCUCUAAUCUCGUGUGCCGAGGAAUUGUGUCUUGAAAGGCCCACUCGCAAGUAUAUAACGUCGAUUUUGAAGCGGGUAGAUAUGUUGCGUCAUUUUGGCGUCGAGCCCUACUUCGUUUUUGAUGGGGCUGCCUUGCCUACCAAGGCUGAAACGGCCAAUGAAAGACGCGUGAAACGUCAGGAAGCCCGCAAAAAAGCCGAAGAAUACCUGAAAGCAGGCAAAAGACUGUUGGCAUGGAAAGAAUAUAUGAAGGCAGCCAGUGUGACAUCUCAGAUGGCCAAAUCGGUCAUGGUAGAACUAGAUGCCCGGGGCAUUAAGUAUAUAGUAGCUCCGUAUGAGGCAGAUCCCCAGAUGGUAUACUUGGAAAAGAUUGGACUUGUAGACGGUAUUCUUUCUGAAGAUUCCGAUUUGUUGAUUUUCGGUUGUAACCGUUUGAUUACGAAGCUCAAAGACGAUGGAACACUAGUGGAAAUAUGUCGUCAGGACUUCCACAAGGUCAAGCUGAUUCCGUACUUGAGCAAAUUCUCCCAAGAACAGCUCCGGUUGAUAGCAAUGCUUUCUGGCUGUGAUUAUACCAACGGCAUCCAAGGUAUUGGCAUCAAGACAGCUUUCAAUUUGGUCCAGAAACACGCCAAGCUUGAAAGAAUAGUAGCAGUCUUGAGAGCUGAAGGAAAACCUAUAGAUGAAGGGUUCCACGAUGAGCUUCAUAGAGCAAACUUGGCAUUCCAGUUCCAGAAAGUAUUCAAUCCAAAGCUUCAACAGCUCAAGACUUUGCAUGAUUACCCUGAGGAUUUGGAACUAGACUACGAGGUUCUUGAAUCAUGUUGUGGAAGAACUUUCAGCAACGAACUCUACAUCCAGAUUUGCAAUGGUUCUAUACACCCAAACACUCACGAAGCCUUGGUUUCAAGAGAGCAGAGUUUGUCCAGUCUCAAGAGCAAUUCAGUCAAUAUUAGCUCAGUGAAAUCUGCUCCAGCUCAAUUGUCUCAGCGGUCAAAGUCUAUUACUGCUACUCUAACUCCAAAAGGACCACAGAAGACAGUCUUUGAUUUCUUUCAAGUUAGAAAACAAGUUGUUUCUGUGUCACUGAUUACCGGUAAUUCAGUAUCUUCAGUAACUUCGUUAUCGACUGGUAGUACAACCGUCAAGACUCUGAAAACGCCCGAAAAGAGAUUAUAUCCAGCAUCUGACCGUAGCAAAAUGUCGCCUACCUCAAGAAAGAUGCAAAGAAUUGCAGAUGAUCCAAUACCACCUGCAAGUUCUGUUGGAAAGAUCAGUAAAUUCUUUUCGUCAUCUCUGGACAAGACGCAAGAAAGUCAGGUUAAGACAGUAGAGCCGUCUUCACUUUCUUGGGACUCAAGCAUGAUUGGAGAUUCGUAUUUUUCUGAUGAACCAGGCAGUCCUGUCAAGUCUGUCAACACCAAUGAUAUCUUGGAAGAUCUAACUGAUACAGACGAUCCAAUUUUUGAUCCUCCGGAGAAUGACACGGAAAACUCUACUUCUGAACAGUCUACUUCUAAAGUAGAAAGUACAAUAUCUGAUAAUUUUGGUAUUGACGAUGACGACGAUGAGAUCGAAGAGUCUCCUGUAAAGAACAAGGAAGCACCUCGUUUGCAGCAAGUUCAACCUACCAAGAUGGAAGUGCUUAGGGAGAAUUUAAGGGAAGAAUUCUCGUUCAGCAUGAAUCCUCUUCCCACUAGAAGCAACUCCUCAUUGACAUAUUCAAGUAAUAGAUCUGCUAGGCUUCCUUUACAGGCCAAGGAUGUAAACAUUAGUUCUCGAUCUUUGAAAGCUAGAGCAACUGAACCAAAAUGUGUAUCUACAUUCAAGCCACAGACUGAAAAACAACAGUCUCAACAGCAUAUUAAACCACCGAAAAAGCAUAUAGAUCUCAAACAAUUUGCAUUUGGAAGAAAUUAG